AUAGAGUACUGUUUACCGUUUAGAAUGGUAUAUUAUUAUUUAUUUGGGACGAAACGAAAGUGUCGAAAGUUCAAACAAGUUGCUUAGUCCCGUUAUAAAACAGUGAAAUUACUGUUUCGUGAUUUAAAGACAUACUUGUAAUCCCAGAAAUAUGCUGAACACGCUAGAUUUUAUAUUUCUAAACCUUGCCUUCAUGGUUACGUGUACGGGAUAUCUAAUAAAUAAUUACGAAACUUACGUGCCAGCAUUCGUAAUUCAGGGUUUUAAGUAUGGCAGUUUCGCGUAUCAAGGGAAUGGGGCCAUUUUCAUACAAGCAAUUGAAAUACCGAAAUCAUACUACAGGCAUUUUUAUUCAUUUUCGUCGGUGCUCAGUGCAUUAACAUUAGUAUACAUGUAUAUGAUCUAUUUUCUGGAUUUUAGUGUGAAUAAGUAUGUUGUGAUAGUUUUGAAUAAGAUUUUGGAACAAAAUGAACCAACAGUGUCAGCAACUGCAGCACUCAUUGCCAUGUCCCUGCUAACCGUUCAGUGUGCCCGGAGAUUCUAUGAGACCCACUACCUCCAGGUCUUCGCCAAAAACAGCAAGAUGAACCUCAGUCACUACCUCGCUGGCAUUAUCCACUACUUUGCCUGCAUAAUAGCUGGUGUUGGAGAAGCUCCCUUGUUUUGUGGAAACCAAAACAGAGACACUAUGAUAUGGACCGACACUCGCACCAAGUACCUCUCCAUUCCCUGCAUCCUAAUCUUCCUGUGGGCGUGGUACGAACAGUACCAAAGCAAUGUCAUCUUUGCAAACCUUCGCAAAGACAAAAAGUCUGGCCAAGUGGUAACAGAGGACCAUGGGAUACCGCACGGAAGGUGGUUCGAGCUGGUGUCCAGCCCUCACCGGAUGUGUGAGGUGAUCAUGUACACAGCGCUCCUCCUUCUGGUGCCGACGAAAACGUACUUCUGUAUUUAUCUGUGGGUGCUUGGAAAUCAGAUCCAGACUGCGAUUCAAGCCAACGAGUGGUACAAGGCAACGUUUAAAACAUACCCAAAGAAUAGGAAAGCCAUUUUUCCUUAUGUAUUUUAAGACUGAACCAAUUUUGAUUGAAAUUUAUAAAGGCUAAACUUACCGCCGUGUAGGGGAUAAGAAGAAACAUACUCGUAAAAUGUAUAGUUUAUAAUUUGUUACUAACUCAAAUAUCUAUUUACUUAACCUUUUGGACGCCAAUGACCGAUAUAUCCGCACCGCAGGUUCAACGCCAAAGACUGAUUAAUCGGUCACAGACCACAGAGCAACAUAAUAGACCUACGUGCAUAUGCAUAAGGUUCAAUUUCAGUUUUGACACUUCGGUGACGUGGCGUCCGCGUGACAGCUUUUGCGUUUGACACGGCGUCGAACGUCGUAAAGGUUAAAUUAAUAGGGACAUUCCAAUGCGUUUAUCAAAGAAUUUUAUUAAAUUAAUAAUUUUACACAUUAUUCCGUCUUAACAAGAGAAGCUACUUACAUAUUUUAUUAUUGUUAAAGGAUAGGUUACGUAUUAAAAAUAUUAAUUAUGAUUGAUAAUUUAUUCAUAUUUUAAAUAAAUUUAUUAUUUUGGA